AUGGAAGCACACUUUAUCGGUUUCGGGGAAAUCUUGACCCCGAGGAAUCGAGCAAGAUUUCCCGCUACGACUUUGACUGCCCUCAAGCAAUAUAUUGUCAACUUGCAGCAUACACAGCAUGCAGAGCGUCGCCAGCAAGGCCUUACGCGUCUAGCCCCAUUUUUAGAAAGGUUGGGCGAAUUUGGCGAGCUUGUUGCAACUCUAUCCCGUGCAGAGGACAUCAUGGGAUUUGUCUGGACGACGAACUCCUGCACUGAUGCUUUCAAUGAUAUUCUCGACAUCUAUGGACAGAUUGGACGAGUUCAGCCCUCUUUGUCUAUGUACAAAGAGUUGUUCCGAACUGAGCCAAGCCUGACUGAGAUCUUGAUCGCGACAUAUAGUGAAAUCAUCGAAGUCAAUCGAUUGCUCGUGAUCUACUUUCAACAGCGCCUCUGGGCGGAGCUCUUCGCUACAACAUGGAAGCGGCAUAAGUCGAGAUUAUCAAACAUCAUAUCUUGCAUGAUGUCCCGCUUCAAGCUUGUCAGUAGCCAGGCAACGUUGGAACAAUUCGACACCCUUGUGACCACUUCUUCACGUGAAGAAGCGACGUUGAACGCUGAAAGAGAUAGCGAGGACUUGGGCCGCAGACAUGCUGUGUAUACAUGGAUCAAACCAACCGAUAUGGAAAAUGAUCAAGAGUAUCUAAGGCGGAUUCGCCAUGCGUACCCGGGUACUUGCAGCUGGUUACUAAGCGAUGAGACCUUCCAAGAGUGGUUCGAACACCGAGAAAGCAUUAUGACUGGUUCGAACUUAUUGUGGUUGAACGGAAAGCCUGGUUCUGUCCUUGCAUCCUUUGUCGUAGAGGAAGCGAGAAAACUUGAAUCAAACCCUACGGUUUUGUUCUUCUAUUUCAAGAGAGAGGAUAGCGAUCGAAACAGCUUUCUUUCCAUGGCUCGUACUCUGCUUUCACAGAUUCUCGAGCAAAAUCAUUACACUCUCGACUAUUUUUACAGCAGAUGCUGUAGCAGUGGAAGCGCUGUGCUUAGUUCUCGUCUUCUCGUCGAAGAACUCUUGAGUUUCGCUCUACGCAAUUGCCAGUCUGCUUACAUCGUGCUUGAUGGAUUGGAUGAGUGCUGCACAAGAAAAGAAAGAGGAGAGAUUGCGAGCUGGUUUCGAGAUCUGACUGAGAAUGGCCCUCCCGAGAUUCGCAACGGGCUUCAUUGUAUGUUCAUCAGCCAACACGACAGCGCCCGAAAAGACUAUCGCGAUCUUCCUAGUAUCACGGCAGACGACGACAACAACGAAGAAGAUAUAGAAGCUUUCUGCAAGGUGCAAGCUGAGAAGUUGGUUACGGAUCUCCAAAUCGCAGAACAUAAAGCACUUGAGAUCGCCGAACGCGUUUCUGCUGCAGCUGAAGGAGUUUUUCUAUUUGCUCAUCUCGUUUGGAUCAACCUCUGCGGUCAAAGCUCCAUUUACAGCUUAGAACGCGAGAUGGAGACUUUUGCGACUGACCUGGACACAUUGGACAAGGCUUAUUCCCGAAUUAUGCAGACGAUCAUUGAAAAGCCUGUUGCCGCCCAACGGGGUGAGGCUCUAGAACUCCUUGGCUGGCUCGUCUAUGCAAAGCGAUCGUUAAAAAUGCACGAAGUACAAACACUGAGAUCAGUUGACUUCGAAAGAAGAGCUGUGGAAUUCGAACGGAGACGACUUCGAGUUCACGUCAAAGACCUUUGUGAAUCGCUGGUUGAUGUUCGCGAAGAUGGGAGUAUCGAGUUGGUUCACACAACGGCAAAAACUGGUCUUCUCAACGACAUCACUGGGGAGCUCCCGAUUGCAACGCUCUGCAUCGACUACUUGAACUUGCCGUCGUUCCAGAGACCUUCAGAAGAGCAGAUGCUGGCCGGAGAAUAUGGUUUUAUGGAAUACUCCGUGCUGUAUUGGCUUCGCCACUUGGAGGCAGGUAUGAGCUCAACUCAUCCUGAUCAGGAUAACAUCUACAUGAGCCUUACGGAAUCUCUUGAGGUGCUGGUUGAGCAAUACUGGAAUGAGCCAAGUGCCAGCGUUGCUUCCAUCUCGAGAUCAGCGUCUAAACGGACUCGGGAUGUGCUGCAGCAAUUUAGUCACCGCGAAAGCUUUCCAAAGCUUCAGCUGGCACUCGUGUUGACUGAUAAAGAACUAAAGCACUUUUGGGACGUGCGCCCGGAAGAAUCUGCUCUCAGAAUCUUAGGCGUUGUGAAAGCCGUUCGUCACUGUAUUGAGACGUAUAUUGUUCACAGCUCAAAUCUAGACGUGGCUGGAGCUUUGAAAGACAUGUACGGCAGUAACCUGUUCAAGUGCCCGAGAUUCAGCUGCAGGUACUUUACGGACGGAUUUACAACACUUGAGGAGCGCGAGAGACAUUUCCAACGACAUGUGCUCCCAGCUCGUUGCACUGAUGAACAUUGUAGAGGCUCUCAAAUCGGGUUUGCGACACAGGCACAACUGGAGCGACACCUCAGAGAGAAUCACCCAGACAUGACUGAGCCUCACCACAACUUUCCAACAGAUGAGGAAAUCGUCGAAAGCAUGCGAGAAGUUUCACCAGAACCCGAAGUCGUGAUCGAGGACGAACCUCAGCUCAUUCCGGAAGUGCAACAACCAGUGGAAGUCCCUGACAUACCAGUCACUCCAACGCCGGAGCAGGCAGAGCCCCAGCCAACACAGCAAAGAGAGGUGGCUAAGCGCCUUAAAACCAAGAGAGAAUAUCAAUGUGCGCAUUGCGACAAGAUUUUCACUAAGAAGUGGAAUUGGGAGUCACAUCUUAGAACUCACGGCGACAAUCAAAGGUUGCAAUGCCCUAAUUGCGACCAAACGUGCGCCAGGCAGGGCGAUCUCGCUCGGCAUAUGAGACUUCACGACCCGGAUAGCGCAGUCAAAUGCGGUGGCGUACUUCCAAACGGCCGCAGAUGGGGAUGCGGAACCAAUUUUGCAAGACUCGAUGUACUUCGCACCCAUCACAAGUCCAAAAAGGGCAGGAGAUGCAUCGCAGGAAGGGACAGCGAAGAGCAAUCCACAGCUUCGACUGCAUGA